CAGCAACAAGUAGUGCAUGUCCAUGUCCGUAUGUUUUAGUUGCAUCUUAGCCAAACUGUCAAACGUGAUAACGUGGUUGAUUUGAACUAUGGAUUUGAAUUGUGUUCAUUAUGUUUAUAAACAAAAUAAAUAAUAAAGAGAAGUGAAUUCAUAAUAAGUAACGUAUCAAAAUUACUUGCUUGGCAGACAAAACGUUACAUGGAGAUUAAAGAAACUAUUGUUAAAAAUAUAAUGGAGCAGCCUAAACCAGUUCCAUUUCGUGAUUUAUGCAGACUGUGUCUUGAAAAUGAGGGCUUUACUAACAUAUGUUCGAAAGAAGGGCUUUCUCACGAUAUAUAUUUAUGCACAGGCGUCGUUAUUUCUACUCAAGAUAGUUUACCACAGAAAAUAUGUUUUAAGUGUAUAGAAAUAGUUGUAAAUGCAAAAUGGUUAAGAGAUAAAUCUAUGUCAACGGAAAGACAUCUGAAGUCCUUGUUUCUUGAUGAUGAGCCAUUGAUAUUGGAGUUCAGUCAAUCAGAAAAGUUAAAGGACCCCACAGAAAUGAAGUCAAAUUCUCGGAGAAGUAGCACAGAUUCAGACAGAACAAUAAAGUUAGAGAUUGAUGAAACACAGAUUAGUGUAACAAAGGAGGAAGAAGAAGAUAUCAGACCAAAGAAAAGGAAGGCCCGAGGGUCUGACUCUUCUGAGGCUUUAAAGAGUAGUAAACCGGACAAGAAAAUAUCUGUCAGAAAGGACCUUUUUAGUAGCCCUCAGGCCCCCAGUGUUACCUCGUCUACUAAAGAUGUAGUCACGUCUAUAAAACAGAACCUGAAAGUGAAAAUAAAAAGGAUCAAAACAAGUACCGGCGAUAGUUUUUACUAUGUAUGCGACUUGUGCCAAAAGAAGUUUAACGCCUGGAAGAAAUAUUAUUUACAUCAGAAAACUCAUAACAGAAAUAUUGUGUGUCCUGUUUGUGAAAAGAAAUUCGCUACAAAGGGCGACGUAGAGAAACACGUGCGUACUCACACGGGCGAGAGGCCUUUUGCCUGUGAUGUCUGCGACAGAAGAUUUUCACAGCGGGGCUCGCUCAAAUCGCACAAAAUGUCAGUACAUCAACAAGAUUUAAAUACGUUAACGCCUGAAAAACAAGAAUCUAAUACAUAA